CUCCUUCCUUUGUUUUUUUGCUGCCUUUGAAACUAACCAAAACAAUCCACGUUCCACAGAUCCAUUAGCAGAGAGAGAGAGAGAGAGAGAGAGAGAGAGAUCUGCGUAAAACUUGAUUCAUUCUCUUCCCAAAGAUCUCAUCACUCCCUUAACAGAACAGAACCACCAACCCACCCACCCAUCAUCAACUUUCACUAAUUUACAUUCCCCACCCCCCUAAACUCUACUUUAUUUGCAUUCAGCUCCCUCCACAACCACCGCCACCACCACAACCACUAUGUUUGAUGCAUAAACCAAAUGCCACAUAACAACGUAACUACCCAAACAACUCACUGCCAAAACCAAACAUGGUCUUCGGCAAGAACAACCUACGAAUCUCUUCCUCACUUCAGGAUCUCUCCUCGUAUCGCCACCUCACCAACAACAACGAUGAUGAUGCCAUCUUCGCUUCAGAUCCUUUGGAUCCAAUCCAUUUGAAGAAAUCCCAGUAUCUCCUCAAAAGUGAAAACUUUGCGUCAAGUUUCUCCAAAUCCAAGCCGGUUCAGGGUCCCAACCCGGUUCGCAGAAAAUGGGUCAGGUCCAUUUUCUUCUGUAUGUGCCUCUUUCUCUUCAUUUUUUUGGUUUACAUGGUUGUUACUUCUUAUUGGAAUAAUGGGUCGGGGAAUUACUAUGUUGUUCUUGAUUGUGGUAGCACUGGUACUAGGGUUUAUGUUUACCAUGCUGAGAUUGAGCACACAGAGGAUACUAGUCUUCCUAUAGUUGUGAAAUCGAUGAAAGAUGGUUUGGGAAAGAAGAGUGGUUUGAUGAGUGGUAGAGCUUAUGAUAGGAUGGAAACUGAGCCUGGUCUUGAUAAGUUGGUGCAUAAUGUGUCUGGCUUGAAGGGUGCAUUGAAGCCGCUCCUUAAAUGGGCUCAGAAGCAGAUACCGGAGGAUUACCACCGCAGAACUUCACUUUUUUUGUAUGCUACGGCCGGUCUCCGGAGGCUGCCGGUUGAGGACUCGAUGUGGUUGUUGGACAAUGCUUGGAAUGUGCUUAAAGGAUCGCCUUUCGUGUGCCGCAAGCAAUGGGUUAAGAUCAUCACGGGGACGGAGGAGGCUUAUUUUGGAUGGAUCGCACUUAAUUAUCACAGUGGGAUAUUGGGCGUUAAGCCGAGGAAGAGGACUUAUGGGGCGCUUGAUUUGGGGGGUUCGUCAUUGCAGGUCACGUUCGAGGGUGAUCAGCACGUGAAUACUGAGACUAGCUUGUUUGUUAAGAUUGGAUCGGUGAACCAUCAUCUCACGGCAUAUUCACUUGCAGGGUAUGGUCUUAAUGAGGCAUUUGAUAAAUCCGUGGCACAUCUUUUUGACAGAGAGUUUAGGUCGAAACAUGUGGAUUUACCUAGGCAGAAGAUAGAACUUAAGCAUCCUUGCUUGCAUAAAGGGUAUAAGGAGCAAUUCACUUGCUCUCGUUGUUCUUUUAAUAAUCAGGUAGGAGGCAGUCCUAUAGGUAAUGGGAACAUGUUGGAUAAAAAAGGAGGAUCAGGAGUUCCACUUGUGCUUGUAGGUCAUCCAAAUUGGCAACAAUGCAGUGCACUGGCGAAAGUGGCAGUCAAUUUGUCUGAGUGGUCUGAUCUCAGCCGGGGACUUGAUUGUGAAGUGCAUCCUUGUGCCCUACGUGACAAUCUUCCACGCCCGAUGGGCCACUUUUAUGUGAUCUCUGGAUUUUUUGUGGUGUAUCGAUUUUUCAACCUAAGUUCCGACGCCACACUUGAAGAUGUUUUGGAAAAGGGUAGGGAUUUCUGUGGUAAACGAUGGGACAUUGCAAAAGGAAGUGUUGCUCCUCAGCCCUUUAUUGAGCAAUAUUGCUUUAGAGCGCCAUAUAUUGCAUCACUGCUGAGAGAAGGUUUGCACAUUACUGAUAAUGAUAUAACUGUUGGAUCUGGAAGCAUCACUUGGACACUUGGGGUUGCUUUGCUGGAAGCUGGGAAGGCAUAUUCUGCCAGAUUUGGGCUUCGCAAUUUUGAUUUACUUGACACGAAGAUAAAUCCUCUCAUUCUUAUUCCCAUUUUGAUCCUUUCCUUUAUUCUACUUCUUUGCGCUUUAUCAUGUGUUAGCAAUUGGAUGCCAAGAUUUUUCUGGAGGCAAUAUCUUCCCCUUUUCAGGAAUAAUAAUGUGUCCAAUAUACCAUCACCUUUCCGGUUCCAAGGAUGGAGUCCUAUCAUAUCUGGGGAAUCAAGGAUAAAGACGCCACUUAGCCCAAAAAUCACAGGUCCACAAGAUAGACCAUUUAGCCUUGGGGUUGAUAAUAGUGUCGGCAUCCAGCUUGCAGAAUCUUCAUUUUACCCGUCAGUCAGUAGUGUUUCACAUAGUUAUUCCUCAAACAAUUUAGGGCAGAUGCAGUUUGAAAGCAGUAAUAUGGGUACCUUCUGGUCACCCCACAGGAGUCAAAUGCGCCUGCAGAGUAGGAGAUCACAAUCUCGCGAAGACCUGAAUUCCUCGUUGAAUGAAGCAAACAUGGUCAAGGUUUAGGGCAUCAUCUUCUGGAAACUGCAUUUCAGUUCUUUUGUCAUGGAGAUGACUGUGGUGACUGAGGAAGAUGUUUCUGGAUCGAUUAACUUCUCACGAGUCUCGCUUCUAAACUCGCUUCUUCCACAAGUUGCCUAAGCGCAAACAAGUACUAUUGUUCAUCAUUCUCCUUUGUACUGACUACUGUUUUGGUGCUUCAACUUCACAGCCUUGAGGUGUUAAUUGUUAUAUUGAAGCAUCAAACUCUAACAACAAGGACAAGAAGCAUUUGUUUCAGGAAGCUUCUGAGAUUAAUUGAUUUGUGACUCUUUUGUGCAUACCAUUCUUUAGACUAAUAAACCACCAUUAACAAAGUGAUUUUGAUCUCCAUUUGUUGACUUAUGAACGAGGAAAAUUGGGCAAGUUGUAAAAAUUAAACGAUGGGGAAAGGUUGUAACAUGGCACAAUACCUCAUAUACGGCAAAUAAGCUUAUAGUCAAGUUGCAUAUUUCAAUUU